AUGUGCUUUGAUCUCGGUUAUAGUCAGAUGAAGGAGAUUGAGAAGAUGAAGAUAAGGGCAAAAAGAACCGGCUUCAAAAUGGGGUCAUCAGGUUUAUCUUCUCCACCGCCUACCCUCCUCUCCUUUCUUCUUGGCUCUGCUGCUUCACCUCCGCUUAGACCAAUGGUAGAUAAUUGGGAAAACAGAUGUAGAAGUAUUCAAAGAUGUAGAAGUAUUCAAAGGUGGCGCUGUAAAGGAAUCUCAAGACUUCAAAAGAGAAGUUCUUCAACUUAUAAAUGCCAUUCUUCACCUUUCCAAAGUCGGGUCAGCUGCAUCAUUGAAAAAGAUGUUGAUUUUGGAAGGACACGUAGCAUAUGA